AUGAACAAGGAAAAUAAUGGAAACAAGGAAGGAGAAUCCAGUCAGGCACCUCAACAGGUAUGUUAGAAAACAUACGAAAUGCUAACAUACAAAAGUUAUUGAAUUAAACAUCGAUUAAGGGUUCAAAGGUUAGCUUUUUUAUUUGUAUUUAUACUUAUACUUCUAGGUAAACCAACUGCCCAGCAAGAGAAGAAAAGUAAUUGAAACAAUAACUUUAAGUAGUGAUGAAUCUAUAAUCUCUGUUUCUCCCAAGAAAAGGUGAGAUAUGUGACUGAGUGUACAGCUGCACUAGCUUCAUCUAUUGCAUUAGAAGCCCAAACCAUACACAUAUUAUAGCUAUUGCCUAUUUCAUUUAACUGGUUUUACUCUUUUUUAUACAGAAAAGCCAAGCCAAAGACAAAGCAGGUUAGUUCACAACAACAAUUAUGGCUUUAUUGAAUGCUAAAUUGGUAAAUUGAAAUGUUGAAUAUAUGCAAAUAUAUGUCGGUACAUUUUUUGUACAUGAACUGCUAGUGUAUUAUGUAUUUUUAACCCUGAAUAUACUGUUUUACAGAAAGGCAUUCCUUCUAAGCAGGCAAUGACGAAAAAGGAUCAAAAUAAUAAUCCAAGACUAAGGUAAGGUCAAUGUUUAUAAUUUUCUAAAUUGUUGAUAUUAUAAAGAGCAAUUAUAUAAUACAGUAUAUAGGCGAAGUGCAUAUAAGUGCGGGUCCGGCGAAAAGGCUUGCUAGCGAAAAAAACAUGUAUUUUCAAAACAACCGGUCAAAAUAACUUUUGCCUUGAAGUGUGGACAUAUGAUGACAUGCAUCAACCCAACCACACACUAACUCAAGUUGACAAAUAGUGGAAUUAAUUGUGGGAAUUUAUGAUGUUUUAAAAUCAUGAUAACAAAAACGCGACUUAGAGUAUACAGGUAUGAUAUUAAGGCAUAACUUCUCAAAUGAAGUGUUAAAUAAGCUUAAGGUUACAGAACACCUUUGAGUGUUAAUUUUGCCUAAAUUUUUUUUAGUGGUUUCAAUGAAAGCAGUAGACUAGUUCUACUAUCUGACCAAGUUUGAACGAAAAAUUUUGAAAACUCGCAGAGUUAUUUAAUAAAAUACAUUUCGCUGCAAUAAAAAAAACAUUGAAAAUGUAAUAUUCAAAUUCAAUUUUCUCCCGAAAAAUUUUACGGUAGUUACUGAUUUUCAAACGAGUUGUGCUCCUGCGGGUUUUCACCAAUUUUUCUCAAAUUUUCACAGGACAUAGCUAAAUACGUCAGUUUCAAAAUUGUGUUCGGCUUUGUUCUAAUUUUGGAUAUUUUAAUAAUAAGGAGCAAUUCACACAAACAAUUCAGAAAUAUAUUGCAGUCGUCAAAGAAAUCGCCAUAUCAGCGGAAUGAUGAAAUAAACAAAAAUUUCCUAACACAAUUUUUUAGAACAACUAUUUUACUGUACAAAAAUGAUAUUUUCAUAAAUAUAACUUAAAACCAGCAGGAGCACAACUCAAAAGCGCAACGGUACCGCGAUUUAAGACUUUCCUGAAUAAUUCUUACAUUAUUUUAUUGUUUGUUAAUUUUACAACUUUACCAUAUUUUGCAUGCACUGGAGGACAUUUGGUGAAAAUUUGAUGAAAAUCGGACUGAUAUUGAGCACGCAGUAGCGAUUUUCCGCAAAACGCCAAAAAGGGUGUCCUGUAACCUUAAGGAAUUCAAUGUGAAAUUUUAAUUGAAUUUAUUGGCGUUUAUUACCACGGUUUACCACGGUAUCAAAACAACAAUACGGUGUUACUAUCCCUUAAUUAUUAUAAUGAUGAAUGAAUGCACGUUAAUUACCAGAGCAACACAGAUUUAAUUUGAAGAUUGUUCUGGUUAAACAUGUUGUUAUCACCGCAAAUAUACAUGUUUAUUUUUCUUUUCAGUCCAUCUUUAGAAUCUGAUGAUGAAAUGUACCGACGGAUUGACACAGAUUCGUCCGUGAAAGAACUCUUGCUUUGCGAAGGAUUAUCCUCAACAAACACGGAGGAGAAUGCAACUGAUAUAAUGUUAGUACAUUAGGAGUCAUAGUCUUACAAUUGUCUUUAUACUGAUUAAAAAUUCAUGCAUGCACUUCGCAAAAUAUUAAUACACAAAUUAGCCUUUAAAUAAUAAUGCACUAGCUGUACGUACAGAACCUUAUACUGAAGUUAAAAAACUGCAUGCAUGAAAUGGUAACUGCCACGAUUAACAUUUUUAGAAACGGGGGUUUGGGGGAAGGGGUGUGACACCCCCUAAUGAUUGAGAAAGUAAUUUUUAGGGCAUAUUUAUAAAAUAUGCAAAAACGUUUUCAGACAAUGUCGGGAUCAGACAAUGUUUGUGCCAAUGAUCCAUAUUUUGCACUAAUCCUGCAAUGCAAAGAGGACAAAGCUAAUCCAAAAACGUCUUGUAAGACGUGUAACAGCUGCACCCGAACCAACAGCUUUACUUGUUUUGGACUCACAGUUGUUGGAUAUAAAAAAAUUCUGCACAAAUCCUUCCAAAUUUAGUAUUUUACAAGUCGAUCCAACCUUUGACCUUGGUCCGUUCCAUGUAACUGCUACUCAGUUUCAAAAUCUUCAUCUUGUGGAUCGAAGAAGCGGAAAACCUCCUGCCAUGGUCGGCCCUUUAUACAUUCACCGCCAGAAAAAGGAAAUGACGUACGAAGGGUUUGUCAAUCAACUGCUUGAAAUUAAACCAGAGUUGAAAUCAAUCAAGGCUAUCGGAACUGACGGCGAGGAAGCAUUAUCUAAUGCAUUUGUAAAAAAAAUUGACAAUAUUAUCCAUCUUCGCUGUUUCCGUCACGAAAGGCAGAACAUAGACUGA